AUGCAAAAUUCUGAAACUCCACUUCAAUCUAGCAUCCUAAAUACAGAAGAGGGCCAAGAGUCUGCAGGUGACAAGAGCUUCCUGCAAGAAUUCCAGAGUUUUCGUUCAGCAGUCUUUGGAACAAACUUAGUUGAUGACGACUUUUGCGAGUCUUAUCCUCCGGAUGAGCCUUUUAAUGAAUCAAAUAGCCUCCAGGAAUCCUACAAACUUGUGGAAGUUACCGAUCUAGACGAAGAGAGCCGUGACGCACUACCUCUAGGCGAUCGUAUUACCGACACUGCCAACGACACGGAUGCAAGUUUUGAUGAAAGUUUCCUAGAACAUCAUAGUGGUGAUCGUACUGCGGCUCCCUCGAAAACUUUGCGCAGCGAAAACUUAGCUGCAGGUAUGGCAGCCCCCCGCGUGCCCACAAACUACUCGCAGCCUGAGCGCACUGUCGCCUUGCCCAAUCAAUGUGAAGACUCCGACAUAGAGUUUGUCAAUCCACACCAAGUGCUGCUUACUGCACAGGAGGAUCCUAUCCUCACACAUGACACUCUAGUUGCCAGAAUGACCGCCGCCGGCGUCCAAUGGGUACCUCCCGGCCAGAAUACAAAGAAGACGGCGCAUGUGCGUUGGUCUACACCGCAAGUUGGGCCAGGCUCUUUGGUUGUUGCCAGUUCAGUUUCCACCAAUGUCAACGGAAGCCAGCCUGUCACUUCUACUGCCAUAUCUUCGACUUCGGAUGAUACAUUGAAGAAUCCUGAUCCAACUGGCACCCGGUAG